CGCCCACGCGACACCUCUGACCUCCACGUUCCUUAGUUACCGCGCGGGGCGUCACUUCGGGGCUAAACCACCGCUGCGUGCAGCGGAGUCGGGCUGAACCAUUCGGCCGGUCUCGGGGGGGGAGGGGAAGUGAGGGUGUCGCGGAUGCCCCUUGCCUGCGCCCGCAGCGGCUGCUGGACUUGCUGCUGUAGCUCCCGCCCACGAGCUUCCCUCUUCCCCCUUCGCUCCGUUCUCUCGUUGGUUUCGUCCCUGUGCGGGCCAUAGCGACGGCGGGGGCGCUGAGGGAAGAUGGCGGUUCCGGCCUCUGUACCGCUGCCGGCUCCGUGAGCGCGGCGCUCGCUCCUUUCCCCCUUCCCCUCCUCGGUUCUGCACCCUGUCCCUCCCAGUUGCCCUCCGCCUUUUCUCCUUCCCGCCGGGGGCGUAGAGACCAUGUCGGACUCGGAGGAGGAGGAGAGUCCGGACCGCCAGCUCAAGCUAGUGGUGCUGGGGGACGGCACCACUGGCAAGGUAAUUUAAUAGUUGAAUAAACGUUUGCCUAUUCAUACUAGAGCUUUAAUGCUGGAGCUCUGGUGGCCAUGUUUUCAUGCAAAAAAAGAACAUCCUUAGCCACACGUUUUGCCCAAGAGACAUUUGGAAAACAGUACAAACAAACCAUAGGACUGGACUUCUUCUUGAAAAGGAUACUAUUGCCAGGAAAUUUGAAUGUUACUCUUCAAGUGUGGGAUGUAGGGGGGCAAACGAUAGGAGGCAAAAUGCUGGAUAAAUAUAUUUAUGGAGCUCAGGGUAUUCUCUUGGUUUAUGAUAUUACCAAUGGCCAGAGCUUUGAAAAUUUAGAAGACUGGUAUAAUGUGGUAAAAAGAGUGAAUGAAGAAUCAGAAACACAGCCACUUGUGGCCUUGGUUGGAAAUAAAAUUGACUUGGAGCAUAUGCGCACAGUGAAAGUUGACAAGCACCAACGAUUUUGUCAGGAAAACAAUUUCAGUAGCCAUUUCGUGUCAGCCAAGACAGGAGAUUCUGUCUUCCUGUGUUUUCAGAGAAUUGCUGCUGACAUACUUGGCAUCAAAUUAAACAAAGCAGAAUUGGAACAAUCACAGCAUGUUGUCAGGGCAGAACUAGUGAAAUAUCCUGAAGAAGAUAACCAACGUCAGAGCACUUCCAACUGCCAGAGCAAAGUCUGCUCAAUGCAGUAGUUCAGAGGGUGGUGAAGGCAGAUAUUGUCAACUACAGUCAGGAGCCUGUGACAAGAACAGUUAAUCCUCCUAGAAGCUCAAUGUGUACAGUUCAAUGACCAUACUAUUCUUCUCUGUUUUGAUACCUUUGGCGGUCCUCCUACCUUGACACAGGCCCUGGGAUUACCAGGAACUUUGUUUUAACAGUGACCAUGGCAACAAUGCAAUUAGAGGUUUCAAAAACGUCUUGCACCAUUGUACAUUGAGAAGCAGCAGGCAGUUUUUUGACUGGACGAAAUAAAAACCUGAAACCACACACUUUGCAAAAAAUAAGAUAUAUAUUCUUUUAAAUUAUAUUUAAAUAAAGCAGUUGUAACUGUGUUUAUAUGUUUCCUCCAUGUAUUUGACUGAUACCGAAAUAAAAAUGGAUGAAGAAGUCCUGCAUUCAAAAUACUUUUAAAGACAUCACCAUGGAAGGCUAUUUUGCCAAAGCAUUUUAAUAAUUUUUUUCUCUCUUUUUUUUUUUUCCUGUGAUAUGAACUAACACUCAGCAAAAUGUAACUUGGAGAUAAUUUUAAGCACGUAACAUAUUUCAUAUAGGGAUAAUUUGGAAAGUAUUCAAUUAAUUAUAUACAGUGCAAAAUGUAUAAAUUGUAUCCAGUAAGAAACAGUGCUUGAAAUAAAGCUGUAAUAUAAAAAUA